AUGAAUAAUUGGAAGAGAUUCACAUUCUUUGAUAUUGAGACUGUAAAACAGGUUGAAAAAGAAGAUGGAUCUUCGUUACAAAAAUUAUCAAUUACAUGUACAACUAGUGGUCGUGGUAGUUUAAUUAUUGGUGAUGCAGAAGGUUUUAUUAAUUUUGUAGAUAGAGAAUUUGGAAUAUCAUCAUUUCAAGCAUAUCAACAAUCAGUAUCAUUAAUUUAUCAAUUAAAGGAGAGAAAUUUCCUUUCUUCAGUUGGUCAUGAUGAUAUUGGUGGUGCAGCAAUCUUAAAAAUUUGGAAUCUUGAUAAAACUGAUAAGAAUGAACAACCAAUUUGUGUUAGAUCUAUUAAAUUAGAGAAAUCAGUUACAGUAACAUGUUUCACAUUGUUGGAAGAUUUGUCACAGAUUAUCGUUGGUUUAGCAAAUGGUGAAAUCAUUAUAAUUAGAGCAGAUAUAUUUAGAGAUAAAGUUAUUAAACAAAAGAUUAUCAAAGUACCAAACGAUUCGCCAAUUACAGGGUUAGGGUUUUUCCCAACAAAGAGUCAACAGAGUGCGAGUGCGGGUGCAGUGUUGUUUGUAGUGACAACAACACAUGUUAUAACCUAUCAUACAGCACAUAAAGAUCAAGAGACGAUAAUAGACGAUGAGGGGGGUGACAUCGGCUCGUUUUUAAUGAGUGACGAUGGGUCGCCAAUUAUAGCAAGAUCAGAUGCAAUUUAUUUCUAUAAUGUGGAUGGAAGAGGACCGUGUUUUGGUUUCACAGGUGUGAAGACCAAAGUGCUGUGGUUCCGUUCCUAUUUGGUAGUGAUUGGAUAUGACACUAACAACACCAAUGCCUUGUUCCCAGGUGCUGUGGUAGGCGGACAGAAUAGCAUAGGUGGGUUGGGUAGUCAGACAGGUAGUAUUGGGUCGCCAUCGGUUAUGGUGCAAAACACGAAAAACAAUGUAUUGAAUAUCUAUGAUUUAAAGAAUAAAUAUAUUGGUUUCACAGAGAAGUUCGAUACAGUGUCUCAUAUUUGCAGUGAGUGGGGCUCAAUUUUCAUAUUUGGUGCCGAUGGUAAGGUGUUUCAAUUGGAGGAGAAAGACACACAAACCAAGUUGGAAACCUUGUUUAAGAAGCAUUCAUAUCAAGUGGCUAUCGAUUUAGCAAAGUCACAGCAUUAUGACAAUAGUGCCAUUGCAGACGUCUAUAGGGAGUAUGGCGACAGGUUGUAUGCCAAGGGCGACUACGACGGCGCCAUCACCCAAUACCUUUGCACGAUUGGUCAGUUGGAGCCAUCUUAUGUCAUUAGAAAGUUCUUGGACGCUCAAAGAAUUCAUAAUCUUACAUCAUACAUUCAAGCAUUGCAUGAGAAGAAUUUAGCCACAGCCAACCACACUACACUACUCUUGAAUUGUUAUACCAAAUUAAAGGAUGUAAAGAAACUCGAUCAUUUCAUUAUGACAGACAAUGGUACAUUCGAUGUCGAGACAGCAAUUAAAGUUUGUCGUCAAGGUGGUUAUUUCGAUCGUGCACUCUUUUUAGCAUCAAAACAUAGUCGUCACGAUUGGUAUCUUAAAAUUCUCUUGGAGGAUCUCAAUGAAUAUAGAAAAGCUUUAGAUUACAUUCAAACACUUGAUUGGGAAGAAGCUGAUAAAAAUCUUAAAAAAUAUGGUAAACAAUUAGUCUCUGAAAUUCCUGAAGAAACUACUGGUGUCUUAAUGAAAUUAUGUACAAAUUAUCAACCAGUUCAAGCUUUUGAUUCUUUAACAGCUUUAAAUUUAAAUGGUUUAACAAUUAGUAAUCAAACAACAACAACAACAACUGUAACAAAUGUAACAAAUAAUAAUAAUCAAAAUAAUAAUAGUAAUAAUAAUAAUCAAAAUAAUAAUAAUAAUAAUAAUAAUAAUAUUGGAUUUAAACAAAAAUCAGCACCAGAAGAAUUUAUUCAUAUUUUUGUAUCACAAGCAGAUUGGUUAGUUAAAUUUUUAGAAUAUAUGGUACAACAAGGUAAUAAUGAAUCAUCAUUAAUUUAUAAUACAUUGUUAGAGUUAUAUUUGAGAGAUGAUGUCAAUCAAACUGAUGAUGAGAGAAUAAAGAGAAAAGCGAAAGCAUAUGAAUUUUUAACGAAUCCAAAAUCAAAAUUUGAUCAAGAUCAUGCAUUGAUUUUAGUACAAGUUCAUAAUUGGAAGGAGGGUGUAUUGUAUUUAUAUGAAAAGUUAGAGUUAUUCAAUGAGAUCAUCGAGUACCAUAUGGAGAAUAAUGAUUACGAUGGCUUGAUCAAAGCUUGCAAGAGAUAUGGUGUAAAAGAUCCAAACCUUUGGGUGAGAGCAUUGUCAUUCUUUUCAACCAAUAAACAGGAUUGUCAAGAUGAGAUCAUCGAGGUGUUGACCAACAUCGAUAAGGAGAAUCUCAUUCCACCACUCUUGGUAAUACAAAUCCUAUCACAAAAUAAGAAUACCACUUUGGCCGUCAUCAAAGAUUAUAUCUCUAGAAGAUUGUCUCAAGAAACUCAACAAAUCGAUAAGGAUUACACUCAAAUCAGACAAUACGCCGAUGAGACUGAAAAGAUGAGACAUGAAAUCAACGAACUUCGUACAAAUUCUAAAAUUUUCCAACAAACUAAAUGUAUCGCUUGUCUAUUGGCUUUGGAUUUACCAAGUGUUCACUUUUUAUGUCAACAUUCUUUCCAUCAAAGAUGUCUCGGUGAGAAUGAAAGAGAAUGUCCUUCUUGUGCUGGUGCUAAUAAAAGAAUUCAAGAGAUUAAAAGAUCACAAGCUGAUUCCGCCAAUCAACAUGAUCAAUUCUUUAAAUUAUUAAGAAGUUCUCCUGAUGGUUUCACUACUGUUUCUGAAUAUUUUGGUAGAGGUAUUUUAAAUUAA